UUUUUUUGGCAGCAGACGGAGACACAAAGGAAAAUGUUCUCGCAAUCAGCAGAUCGCGAGUAGAGUCCGAAGACAGAGCACUGAAAAUUGUUUGGCCAUCUCGUCAGUGAAUUUUCAACCGCGGGGCAUUACGCAAACACAGGGAGAUUAGUUGGAGAUAUAAGUAGUACAUAUAUAGAGAGGAUUUAUUGGAGAUUGCUAUCGAUGGAACCAAGUUCACUGACAUCCUGCGCCUUGUGCCAGGCCAAAGCCUCCCAGUUGUGCGCCGCCUGCAGGAGUGUGGUCUAUUGCAGUCGGGAGCACCAGAAGGAGCAUUGGAAGAAAGGUCACAGAUCGGAAUGCAAGUGCUUCGAAAUAGCCAGCAACGAGAUAUUGGGCCGGCAUCUAAAGGCCACGCGGGACAUUAAAAUCGGAGAGCAAAUCCUAAAGGAGGCUCCCUUGGUUGUGGGCCCCAAAGUGGCCUCUGCGCCACUUUGCUUGGGCUGCCACCGAAAUCUGCUGGCUCCGGAGAAACCCCAAGGAAACUACUAUAAGUGCAGCUCCUGCAGUUGGCCUUUGUGCGGAAAGGGGUGCGAGAAUUCUCCGCACCACAAAGCUGAGUGCCAACUCAUGUCGAGCAGUAAUUUCCAAUCGAAAAUAAAUUAUACCCCUGGAGAGGAGGAGCGAAAGGAGUCGGCUUAUUGUGUGAUUAUGCUGCUCCGUUGCAUGCAACUAAAAAGCAGGGAUCCCGAGGCCUUUCUCAAACUUUACUCCUUAGAAGAUCACCUCAAGGAGCGCUUGGAGACCCCACUGUAUCAAGUGCUACGUGCCAAUCUCAUUACCUUUAUAAAAACCGUAUUGGGCCUGCGGGACUGGUCCGAAAUGGACAUCCUACGCAUUGCUGCCAUUCUGGACACAAACACCUUCGAAGUGAGGCAACCCAGGGAGCGAAGAAAGGUGAGAGCCCUCUUCCCCGGGGCCGCCAUGAUCUCGCACGACUGUGUGCCCAAUAUGAGGCAUCGCUUUGAUGAGGACAUGAACAUUGUGUUCCUGGCCAAGCGGAAGAUUGCCAAGGGCGAGAUCCUGAGUAUUUCCUACACCCAGCCUCUGAGGAGCACCAUCCAGCGCAGGAUGCAUUUAAGACAGGCCAAGUGCUUCGACUGCUCCUGCGCCAGGUGUCAGGAUCCCGAGGAACUGGGCAGCUUUGCAGGGGCUCAAACGUGUCUCAAAUGCAAGGCAGGGAAGAUCAUCUCCUUGAAUCCCCUGCAAAAUUCUGCCGUUUGGAAGUGUCAGCUUUGCAAUCUGAAAAGAUCAGCAAAAGAGGUGGUCACUUCGGAUGCGGAGCUUCAGCAGGAAUUGGAAUCGUUGGACAAGAGUACACCCGUAGCACUCGAGGAGUUCAUAUAUCGCCAUCGUGCCGAUCUUCAUGACACCAAUACCCAUAUUCUUCAAGCCAAAUAUGCUCUUACACAAUUAUAUGGCAGUGCUCCAGGAUUUGCCAUGGAGGAACUCUCUGAAGAAUCGCUCACGCGAAAGGUGCAACUUUGUGAGGAACUCCUAGAACUGGCCAACAUUUUCGAUGGUGGCUGGAGUAUUUUCCGAGGUAAUCUACUCAUAGACAUGGAAGAAGCUCUUGUGGCACAGGCUCUGCGCUCAGAAGACCCAGUGGAGUGCGAGGAAAAGCUCAGGAACGCAGCGGAAAUGCUUAGGGAAAUCCGUAACAUCAUGAAACACGAACCGGAAAUGCAACAGUUGCUGCUAGAACGCCAAGUCAUUUUGAAUUCUGCCCUAGAACGCUUUGAACAAGUUGAAAAUUAAAAAUAUUUAAAUUUUUUAUUAUUAUUUAUUAA